CUCCGAGGAGGUUUCCGAGGACUAGAUCGCAAAUGUUUGUUCAUCCCCUCGGGGGACUGCUGAUAGGUUCCCCCUAAACGAUGUUUCCUGAUUUGUUGGUCUGGACAAGGGCCUCGGUCUGGACGGGGUAUUUGCAGAUGUAGCGCCUUGUUACACAUCCCUCCAGAGAUAUCGUUACCUGAUCGUUUUUCGGCUUCAGUGAUCUUGGGAUGGUGUUGAAGGAUGCAAUAACAAACAAAACGAGCCAAGAGCUGGUCUGCGACAGGUAUAUAAAGACGUCACAUUUCAUGUUUCCAAACCAACUCUCCAACACACCCAACACCUUCCACAAGAGCCUUCACACGAAUCCUCCACCACUCCACUCUAAAAACAACAUGGGAGGAAACUCUAGUAAGAUCGAGGAAGAAACCGCCAAUAUUGAGGGUGCCGUUGAGUCGCUCAACAAAAUCAACGCAUCGCUCGCUACAUUCAGAACGACCGUGUACAAAAGCGAAUUCAAUCAGGAAUUGCCAAAGCCUAAUGACCCAGACCUUAUCUUCUCCAAGAAGUACUCGAAUAUGUCGUACACGAGUGGAAUUAACUACGAAGCGAUUCAAGCGAUGGUCAACUCUGUGCUGGAGAUCCCGGAUGUCCUUACAAGCAAGAGAUCAUCGAUUGUCAAUGCCGUGACAAAGCUUGCACAACUGACGGUCGGUGAUACCAAAGCUUUUGCUUUCUCCAAGGCAUACACCUGGCGUGUUGUAGGCGAUGAUGGCCAAGGGUACCUAUUCACAACUGUGGUUGCUGCUGCUGCGAUUGAUACCAAGAAAUGGGGCAUGAGUUCUGGUGUGGGAUGUCAGGCAGCUAUGACAUUUUGCUUCCGAGCUAGUACUGGUAACCUGUCGCUGCCUAUUGAACCCAAACAUCCUGCAGCGGCGCCUGCAGAGAAGACGGAUAUGGAUGAGGUGCAGAGGCAUCAUGACAAGAUAAACAACCUAGAUCCACUUUGAUUUCUUGCAAAGAGAUUAGAACACCUCCCUCCCCCUCCCCCGCGAACGCAGUGUUAUAACUAGCGCAGCGAGUACCUUUACCUUUCGUGUUUUCCCCAUUCCCCAUUCCACAUUGAUUCCCGGUACUCUCAAUAAAUGGAUCUCGAUCAACAU